CGUGGAACGAGUGAUUUUUUUUUGUUGCUUGCUGAUAAUCAAAAUAUAACAGUUGCUGAUAACAGAAUCGAAGAUACGUGGAGAGCCCUGGAGAAUGGUGGUCCCGGACAGUGGAAAUGUGGUCCAGCAGGCGGACAGCGGUGGAACCAGCGGGCUCAUGGCAAGCGCACAGCCCGCGUUUGAGGCGGGGGAGCACUUGGCAGGGGUGGAGUUGGAGGAGGUGCGGAAGUUGCAGGAGCUUGUGCGGAGGCUGGAGGUUCAAAACCAAGCCCUGUGCAACAGGGGGGGCAGACGGCACUUGGCCGGCACUAACAGCAACCUAACAGCCGGCGGCAACAUAAACGAAAGGACGCUCUGUGAGGAAGUAAACCAUUCUUCCCUCAGGACAGGGGACAGCGAUAACCUCUCAGGCCGGGACUUUGCGCUGUCUCCGCCGCAGGACAGCAGUAGUAGUGAGGACAUGUCUCCUCUCCCUGAGACCAGCAGGCUGGAGGAUGAGGAAGAUGAGUCUGUCCACGGUACCGGGUUCUUGAGCGUGCCCUGCGGCGCCGGGCCAGAGCAGACACGAGGACAGGCUCUGGCCCGUUCCUCUCAGGAUAGCUAUGACUCAGAGACCCAGGACGGCGGUGACACCGGCAGGGACCGGUCCGCCCUGGACGAGGUGGAUGUUCUGGACUUGGAGGAGUGUGUGGAGGCUGAGGAUGAAGACAGUUGGUUGUACGUUUCGCCGAAGAAGCAGCCUCUGGCUGAGCAGGGCCCUGAAUCUCCGCUGAAAUGGUGCAGGAAAGUUCUGGAUCACCCCAGCCCCGAGACAGAGGUGGCCUGCCGCACACUCCUGAACCGCUUGGACCAAACCACGCGAUGGAGGAAUGUCUACUGCAGCCCCUCUGUCUUCUCCCCUGGCCCGCCGGCAGACUCCGCUCCCUCAGGCGCCCCGGUGCUCUCCCCCGGGUACCACAAAUCAACUAACAAAUCACUACUAACCAGUGUCAGCUCAGGUUACAUGGGCACACACUCGGCUCUGAGUUCUCAGUCAUCCGUAGACAGUGAGCUUAGCACGUCAGACGACUCCAUCUCCAUGGGCUAUAAGCUACAGGACCUGACGGACGUGCAGAUAAUGGCCCGACUACAGGAGGAGAGCCUGAGGCAGGACUAUGCUUGCAGUUCCGCUUCAGUGUCUCGGCGCAGUUCCGUGGCCUCGGUGCAGUCUUUACGCAGGGGAACCUACAGUGACCAGGAGUUCGACUCCUACAGUCUGGAGGACGAGGAGGAUGGCUGCUCCUCUCUGCCCCAGAGACUACAGCGCUACUCCCCUUCUCCACACAGCUCCCCCCGCUGCCAGUCUCCCAGCACGCUGGCAGAGUACAGCCGCGCGGGCGCCCCCCGCACACGCGUGCCCCGGCGCUCUCUCCAGGGACCCGGGCCGGAGCUGCUGAAGUUUGCCAAGAGUGAGGAGGAGCUCAGACACAGCAUGCCUAACCUGGCCCUUCGCUCCCUGGAGGCAGUGAGAAACAGCCGCAGCAUGGAGGCUAACCUACAGACCUCAGGCAACCGCAUGUCCCGCCUUCCCCACUCCCCCACAGGUGGGUCCUCCACACGCAUGCGGAGUAGCGGUCAGUCUCCUCUCUCUCUGCGCGCUCCUGUAAAAGCCCUGAGCCCCGUGGGGUCCAUGGCGACAGGGCGACCGUCUGUAAGGCUCCCGGCGGGAGCGCAGGGCGGCCCAUCGACAGGCAUCCGCAGGGUACCCUCUCCCGGCCCCGCCAAGGCAGGAGGGCACUCCGCCGGCCGGGCCACCGUGGGGGGUAAGCAGCCAGUGGGCCGGGGCCCGGGACCUGCCACGCCGGCCUGCAGAGGCAGGCUCGUCCAGACACCCAGGAGGUCUCUGGGAAUCUCCAAAACGUGCGACCCAAUUGCGGAUGAGUCGUGGAAAGACGGCUGUUACUGA